GCACCUUUAGGCCAGUCAUCUCAUAGAAGCAGAUCACAAUGAUGUCGAUGUGUUUUCUUUUUCUUUUAUCGCUUUUCCUGGGACAAAGUCUCUCAUCUCAAUAUAAUACAGACCAACUACGAAGUCUAUUGAGUUAUGAUUGUUCCUCCGAUGGAAGUAUAGAUGUCAGAGGAGUUCCGGAUGGUUAUACGGUUACCGUUAUCAGUACAAGCUGUUCAGUGUAUCUGACGUCACCGGGAGAAUAUAAUAUUCCCUCUAUGUGCAAGACAUACGACUACUGGGGAUACAACCAUGGAUAUCCAAGUCACAAAUCAAUAAAAGCAUUCCCACAUACGUCACGCUCAUGGUACUAUUCCACUAGCACAACCCCUUUCCCUACCACUACCCGCUAUUAUUGGUACCAGUCCACUACCUCUGACUAUUUCGGUGAAGUUGACAUUGCUGUUUCUCAUGGCACCCACGGUGGGAUAGUGGGUGGAAAGGAUCACCACGAGUUUCGUUUGAUCUGCGAUGGUAUACACACCAACGGAAAACUCUAUAGAGUUUCUGAUGCAAUACGUGAAAUGUCCAAUCCAAGUGCCGUACCGCCUACUCUUUCAUACAGACAGUUGAGAGCUGGUUACUAUAAUUACCCAAGUCUACGUUUAACUAACAGUGGAGGAUCUGACAUUUUCUACACAAAUACAGGACAACUGAUUUACCUUCUCCUUUCCUCAAAUGAUCCUCGCUAUAUUAUUCGUCCUGAAAACUGUUCUGCACAGGAUGCAUAUAACUAUCGAAGAAUUGAACUUUUCGAUAUACAUCAUUCUGGAUGUAUUUUGGAGCCAUAUCUGAUGGAGAUGUUCACCACUGUGGGUCACGGACAGAGUAGUCUUCGGGCACCUGUCUAUUCCUUCCACUUUGCAGGUGGCAUGGACGGUUACGUAUCUUUCAUCUGCAAUGUAAGAAUAUGCAGCAAGACGUCAUACAAUUGUGAUCUGAAUACCUGUAAGUCCAAGAGAUCCCAACGUGAAGCAGGCGAUGAGGAAGCACCUGCACACCACGAGCUUUCUGCUACUAUUCAGGUUGGCCCUGCGUCAGGGGGAAGAAAAUGGUUGUUAGCGCCAGUUCUUUUACUGCUUCUUCUGUGUAUCAGUUUGUAUUGAAAUUAUGAUUAUAGGUCAUAAAUAGUGGAUUUCGUGACGAAUGAAGCUCUUUCAAGGACUAGGUCUUGCAAAUCAAUCUGCAAAAGAUGUUAUAAAAUUUGUUAUAUAAAUAAAAUGUAUUGAAAUUAACUGUUUAUU